CGAUGAGCCACGCCUACUCGGUGCUCCAGGAGCGGAGCCUGGGCGCGGCCACGGUAGCAUGCUGCCCGACCAUGGACAUCGUCGCCGUCCUUACGACGGACGACCAUCUUCUCGUCUACCGCACGGUGUCCUGGCAGCGCCUGCUGCACGUGACGCCCUCGGACGUCGAGUCGCCCAUGACCGUUCUCGCAUGGCGACCCGAUGGGCUUGUGCUCGCUGUGGGUCAUGCGAACGGCAAGAUCGUGCUCUACGACAUGGAGACAGGCGAGGCAACGAUGCAGCUUUUCGGCAAAGUCCAUGCAUGGGAGCACACGCAAGCCAUAUCUGCUCUCCACUGGGCCGCGGCGGGCGCAGCGCCGUCGACCCAUCGGCUUGAAGAUCGAACGUCUCGUUGCGUCAUGAACCCGCCGAGCGAAUCCUCAACCGAGACAGCCGCCAAGUUUACAACCGUUCCGGCCCUCGACGACAGUCGCCACAUCCUUGCAUCGGGCGACACAAGCGGCACGAUCCUCUUGUGGGCCCUUGGCUCGGUGUGCAUUCGCCGACUGCAACCCGCCGGCGUCCAGAGCGUGACCGAGCUGCACCUUCUUUCCGACUUGUCGGCGCUACUCAUUGGCUCACAGGAAGACUCGAGUCGCCAGAUCCUGUCGCUCGCGCUGCCCGACCUGCCGACGCACCAAGGCCAGCUCUUUGUCGUGUCCCACCACGUGCGCGAGGUGCAAAAGCUGCUCCACACGCUCGAUACGACCUUGAAGCAGCUCACAACCGAGUGGACCAACGGGACGCGGGUCUUGGAGGCCAAGAUGCGUCUACUCUCGUCUGCGUACGCAAAGUACUCGUCAUUUGAAGUCCCUCAGGCGCACAUGUAUACGCUGCUCUGCGCCGGCCUUGGGUUUCCGGCGCUGACCAAUUUUUUUGCCCAAGACAUGCAAGAGCAGAGCCUGCAGCGCAUUCAAAAAGCCUUCUUCCACGCGUGUCACUCGAUGCAGACACUGAUUCACGAGCAGCUCCGCGUCGCCGCCUGCAACGUACUCUUCCGACUCUGCGAGCUCCGAGGCUUGACGUCCACGGCGCCGUCCCACCGGCCGGCAUCGGUCGCGCACCUCUCGACCAUGAUUGCUAUGGUGGAAGUGUUCUUGCUCAAGCUCGAGCAGCUCCAGAUCGCGCUGCGAGAAACAGAGCUGGACUACGCUCUGCUUUUUCGCUGGUUUGGCGCGAUCAUGGCGGCCCACGGCACGGCCCGCCCCAAGGCCGCGACGAAGCUCUCGCUGCCCGAUACAAAGCGCCUUGGGCGUUUCUUGUUCCGUGCCACGACCGCCGCCAAGGUCUUCCGCGCCCACUGCAACAGCUCGCAAAGCGUUCACGACCCUGCGAAUGGCUUUGAGAUGGAAGUGACGUUCGGGAACCCUGUCGCCGAGAUGCUCGGCAAGUGUCCGUGGAAGACAAGCCCGCGCCUCGAAGCCUCCACGUCCUUUGCUCUCGACGGCGAGGACCAGUAUACCUCGCACAGCCUCGUCGCGCUCUGCGCUGCGAUCGAAGCGACGUGGCGCACGCAGCUUUUGAGCGAAAAUGGAUUUGGCCAUCCGUUGGGCCCACCGACGACGCCACUCCUGGUCACAGCGUCGUCCAGCAGCUUUGAGAUGGGCGAGCUCGCGUCAGCGCCACUUCUCCUGUUUUCGCUGGAUGGUGCGAUCGGGCUUGGGCGACGCGUCCAAGGGUCCUGGCACAUGGCAGUGCUUCGACUCCCUCCGUCGCACCGACUCAUGGACCAGUGUCUCUAUUCACGCGACGGACAGAGCCAGCUCGCUCUCCUCCACGCGACUGGCUCGGAGCAGCGAUUGUCGCUGGUGGCCCUCGCUUCGAUCACGUUUGCACCGCCAUUGACCGCAUCGACGUGGACAAGGACCGCACUGCAGUCGCUCGAGGCGCAAGAAGUGCCCACGUUUCGAAAGCAGCGAGUGCUCUCGACAGCCAACUUUGAUGCGGUCGUUGGCGACGGUGUACGCGGUGUGCUUGGUGUCAUAUCGAUAGCUGACCGCCGUCUCAUGCUCUUUGACGCGGAAGACGACGAAGAGGACGACGAAGACGACGAGAUGGACGAAUAG